AGAGUCAGAAAGAGGGGGACAGCUAGAAAAAGGGAGGGGAGAGAGGAGAAAGAGAAUAUCUAUUCAGGAAGGCAUUCUAAACUUGGAGGCCCAGACCCUGCCCUUCUGGGAGAGCGGAGAGCUGGCUGUUUAUUCCCUGGAGGAUUCUCUCGGAGUGUUUCACCGGCUCGAAAAUACUCCGCUGACAGGCAGAAGUUGCAAAACCGGGGCGCCGGCCUCCCAGGGCGUAUAAAUAGAAGCGGCCCUGCCCAGCCCAGCCCAGUCCAGCCCAGCCCUGCCCAGCCCAGCCCUGCCCAGCUCUGCCCAGCCCUGCCCAGCCCUGCCAGGGAGAAGUUUCUGGGCUGUGAGAGAGCUGCUCUGUAUUUAGGAGGAGCUCAGCCGGGAGGAGAAGCUCGGACAGCAGAAGGCCUGGUCAGCGUCCGGGCCCGGUGACAUCGGAUCCCCUUUCCCCGGGGAGAGAGGGAGCCGAGCCUGUCCUUGGAUCUCAGGGCUCCCGGAGUGGAGUGGCGGCUUCGGGGGACCCCAGCUGACCCUCCCCCGACCCUCUCGGAUCCCUCGGGGGGACCCCCCCCCCCACCCACCCCUACUACCCAUGGCCGACGGGCCAGGGCCCUUCUCCUGCCACUACCCCGGCCGUCUCCGCAGGGACCCUUUCCGGGAGUCACCGUUGUCCAGCCGCCUCCUGGACGACGACUUCGGGCUGACCCCCUUCCCCGGGGACCUGACGGCCGCCUGGCCCGACUGGGCCCGGCCCCGGCUGACCUCGGCCUGGCCCGGCCCGCUGAGGAGCAGCCUGGGCCGGGGGCCUCCGCUGGCCCCGCCGGGCUACGGGGGUCGUUACGAAGGACCGGCCGAAGGCCGAAGCCCGCCAGCCUGGCCCGGGGAGCCCUGGAAAGUCUGUGUCAACGUGCACAGCUUCAAGCCCGAAGAGCUGGCCGUCAAGACCAAGGAUGGCUUCGUCGAGGUGUCUGGUAAACACGAAGAGAAACAACAAGAAGGCGGGAUUGUCUCCAAGAACUUCACAAAGAAAAUCCAGCUUCCCGCCGAGGUGGACCCAGUGACGGUGUUUGCCAGCCUAUCUCCGGAGGGGCUGCUGAUCAUCGAAGCCCCCCAGGUGCCACCCUAUUACCAGUUCGGAGACGGCGGCUUCGGCGGCGAGCUUCCGGUCGGAGGCCAAGAAACCACCUGUGCCUGAACGCCCCCAUCCUGACUGCCCCACCUACCCACCCUCCCUGCCUCUCUCUGCCCCCUCAAUCCCCUCGCCCUGGGCAGGUUCCGAUUCCGGCUACGAUCACGGUAGCUUAAAGGAAGUCAAUGCAGAACGUGGGAUCUUUUAUUUCCAAACCUAAGGGGGAGUGGGGAGGACCCCUUCUUCCCCUCCCCCCAUCACAUCCUUUAAUAAUAACAAUAAUAAUAAUAAUAA